CGCGCACUCAGCGUCUCAACAGCUUCACACACACGCAUCAACAAUGGCCCCGAACCCGUACGAAGUGUCCGACGCGCUGGCCGACGUCACCUCCGUCAACCCCGGCGUGCGCCGCCGUAUCCUCGUGACCGGCGCCGCUGGUUUCAUCGGCUUCCACACGGCCAAGGCGCUGCUCGCGCGCGGCGACGACGUGGUCAUUGUGGACGAGAUGAACGACUACUAUGACGUGAAGCUCAAGCAGAGCAACCUCGACUGGCUCACCAAGAACUACGGCGAGCGCGUGACGGUGGUCAUCGGCGACCUGUGCGACGCGCAGCUGGUGCGCCGCGUGCUGAAGGAGACGUCGCCCGCCGCCAUGGUGCACCUGGCUGCGCGCGCCGGCGUGCGCCCCAGCAUCGACAACCCGCUGCUGUACAUCCACGCGAACGUGGUGGCGACGAUGGUGCUGCUGGACGCGUGCCGCGAGUUCGGCAUCAAGAAGUUCGUGUACGCGAGCAGCAGCUCGGUGUACGGCGGCAGCCUGAAGGAGAGCUUCAGCGAGGAGGACAUCGUGGACUUCCCCGUGAGUCCGUACGCGGCGACCAAGAAGAGCUGCGAGCUGCUGGCGCACACGUACCACCACUUGUACGGCAUGGACACGAUCGGCCUGCGCUUCUUCACGGUGUACGGUCCUCGUGGGCGUCCCGACAUGGCUCCGUUCAAGUUCAUGGACCGCAUCGCUCGGGACGUCGCUAUUGACCAGUACGGCGACGGCUCGUCGUCGCGCGACUACACGUUCAUUGAUGACAUUGUGCAGGGCGUGCUUCUGAGCCUGGACCGCGGAUUCGGCUGCGAGGUGUUCAACCUGGGCCGUGGCACGCCCGUGCUGCUGACGGACUUCAUCCAGAUCAUCGAGGGUCUGGUGGGCAAGAAGGCCAAAAUCAACAUUUUGCCGGACCAGCCGGGCGACGUUCCCCGCACGAGCGCGGACAUCUCGAAGGCGGAGCGUCUGCUGGGGUACAAGCCCACGACUCCGCUGGAGCAGGGUCUGAAGAAGACGUGGGAAUGGUACUCCGAGUUCUACAACAACGCGUCUCCGUAAAGUGGUUGCGUUAGCGUGUGCGUCGGUGAAGUUCUUGGGGCGGUUUUGAUAAGCGAGUUGUUGCAUCGCAGUACUCAUCGUUUACCUCGAAGCGGACAGAUUAGCUGCCAACUUUUGUAUGAAUUUGAAGAUAAAUGUACUAGUUUGAAUCUCACUUUUAGA